AUGGACAGAGACUUCCGCUGCCUGCAGCUGGCCUGUGUGGCCCUCAGCCUGGUGGCCGGCAGCAUCAUCAUCGGUGUGUCCGUGUCCAAGGCCGCAGCUGCCAUGGGCGGCGUCUUUAUCGGUGCCGCUGGGCUGGGGCUCCUCCUCUUGGUCUACCCCUUCCUGAAGGCUCGGCUCAACCUGGACCACAUCCUGCCUGCGAUGGGGAACCUGAGAAUCCACCCCAAUUCGGGGCCAGACCAGGGAGAGGCAAGAUCCAGCACCAAUGGCAAUAAGGAAGGAGUCCGCAGCAGCCUGUCCAGCGUGAGCAGGACUCUGGAGAAGCUGAAGCCAGGGGGCCGGGGCCCUGAGGAGGGCUGA